AUGAUACCAAUCAAAGUCGGGAUCAUAGGAUACGGAUUCUCGACCAAAUGUUUCCAUGUGCCCUUCAUAUGUGCCCAUCCUGACUUGCAGGUCGUCUCGUUCGUCCAGCGAUCAGAGGCACCCGCCGACCAAGCCUCUGCUAAGCCCGGCACGCACUGCACCGUGGAUCACCCGGGUACUAGGCACUAUCGGACGACGGACGAGCUGUUCAUGGAUAGUGAUGUAGAGCUCGUCAUCGUGUGCAGUCAUACAGAUACCCACGCGUCUUUUGCUGAGCAGGCUUUGCUUGCAGGAAAACAUGUUGUCGUCGAGAAGCCGUUUACCAGGACAACCAAAGAAGCAGACAGAUUGAUAUCUCUUGCGCACGAAAAGGGCCUAAUCUUGACCGUCUUUCAAAAUCGCAGAUGGGACGGAGACUUUCGAACCCUUCAGGACCUGGUUGGAAAAGAUGCUCUGGGCACGAUCAAAGAAGCCGAGAUACACUAUGAUAUCGACAACCCACCUUGGGUUGCACGUAUGACCAGCAAAGAAUACUCUCCCGGGCAAGGCAUGGCUUUUGGUCUCGGUAACCAUACGAUCGACCAGGCACUCGUUCUUUUCGGACGGCCAAAGUCAGUGACCGGCUUCUUCCGAGCCCUGCGCGGUGUGGAGAGUGAAAUUGACGAUACCUUCACAAUCAUUCUCCAGUACGAUCCUCCCCAGCAAGAUCUGCUGGUGACUAUCAAAACCAAUAUUGUCUCGCCGAUGCCCGAUCAGCUCAAGUAUUUCAUUCGUGGCACAAAAGGUACAUUUGUCAAGGUCAGUCCGCACGGAACCUGUGCACAAGAGCAACAAAUCUUCUCCGGGGCGACGCCUGGCUCCCCGGGCUUUGGAGACGAACCAGAGCAUCUCUACGGGCAACUGACCAGCCGGACAGACCCCAGCAAUCUACUACCAAAAGAGCACACUACCACCACCACCACCACCACCACCACAACAACAACGCCAGUAACAUACGACGCUCCAUCAGACAUAUACAGCGCCCGCUACCCGACCGUACCCGGUCGCUGGCUGGGGUUCUACGAGAGCGUCGUGGACGCGAUCCGCAGGCGAGCGCCGCUCGCGGUCAAGCCAGAGGAGUCGCGGGACGGGAUCCGUGUCAUUGAGCUCGCGAGGGAGAGUCAUCUGGCGGGUGCCACGGUUGCAUGGUCUUGA